AUGCGCGCUGCUUCAUUAGUGCGGAGUGUGUUUCUUGCUCAGAGACGUACUUUCGCGUCCUCUUCGCGGCGGCCGGACAAAUAUGGCUUCAUCGGUCUAGGACAAAUGGGCUUCCAAAUGGCCAAGAAUCUCCAAGCCAAGUUAUCGCCUGGCGACUCGAUACACUUGUACGAUCUCAACAGAGAUGCGGCACGUCGGUUAGCAGAAGAAAUGAAGACCUCUCGAGCCGGUGGUGCUGCUGUUGAGGUGGUUGAGAGCGUGAAAGAAGCCGCAAAAGAUGCAAAUAUAGUCAUCACUUGUUUGCCGGAGCCAUCUCAUGUGAAGGGCGUGUUCAGCGAAAUUCUGACGCCAGACCUUCCUACGAAGGAUAGAAUAUACAUCGACUGCUCCACGAUCGAUCCGUCCACUUCGCGAGAGAUUGCAAAGGAUGUCGCUUCUGCUGGACUAGGACAAUUCGUGGAUGCACCGAUGUCUGGCGGUGUGGUCGGUGCUCGUGCAGGAACGCUCACUUUCAUGCUUGGUGCGCCAGAUGCUCUCGUAUCCAGAAUCGAGGCUGUCUUGUUGCGUAUGGGAAAAGCCGUCCACCAUUGUGGAAUCCAGGGUACUGGACUAAGUGCGAAGCUAGCCAAUAACUAUUUGCUGGCUAUCAAUAACAUCGCAACUGCUGAGGCCAUGAAUCUUGGCAUCAGAUGGGGGUUGAAACCUGAUAAACUUGCAAACAUCAUCAACGUCAGUACAGGUAGAUGUUGGCCAAGUGAAGUGAAUAACCCCGUGAAAGGGGUGAUCGAGACAGCACCAGCGAGCCGCGAUUACUCGGGUGGGUUUGGCAUCAGCUUGAUGAAGAAAGAUCUCAAGCUAGCCAUCUUCGCUGCCGAAGAAGCCGAUGCCAAGUUGGAACUUGGUCAACGAGCAAGAGAGGUCUAUGAAGCGGCUGAGAAGGUAGAGAACUGCAAAGGUAGGGACUUCUCUGUGAUAUACAGGUUCAUUGGUGGAAAAGAAUAA